AAUGAUAGCCUUAGGAAAGUUGAAAGGAGGGUAAACCCUUAUUUUGCGUAAAUAAUUAUUAAAAUUCAGUCAAUUGCGUAAUGUCAAUUUUCAGAAGUUUCUUUCUAUGCAGCUGGAGUUCAUCACUGCAUCACUUUGCUCUGUCUUUGUUUAGGUUUGUGAUAUCUUUAGCUUCAGGGCAUCUAACAUACUAUAGCCUGUGUCGCAGAUGGAAAAUUCCUGAUAUAUAACCGUUACAGGCAGUAUGUUGUUAGUGUCUGUGGCGCAGGCCAAUGUAUUUGUACACUCUUGUAAUUAUUUACUAUCAUUGAUUGUGAUUCCUAGAAAGAUGCCAGUCCAGCCAAACCGACAACCUCAAAAUCUUCAUCUGAGAUCAUAGUGACAGUCCAUGAACGACAGCACGGUUUUUCAAGAGUUAAAGUAGACAGUAUGAAAGCGGAGAUGAAAAAAGUGUUUGAAAAAAUGGUCAAGAAAAGACGCAUAAUAAGAACAGCCAAUGAAUAUGUUCUGGAAAAGGUGACAGAGCCCGGUGUACCAAUUAACCUUGAAUCAAGCUUAGAAAGUAUGGGAACAAGAGAAUUCUGUUUGGUCAGAUUUGGACGCACACCCAGUCAUCAUGAUGCAGAGAACGAAGGAGAUGCUAAUAACCAGUUUAAUUUCUACGUUAAUUAUCAAUACAGGUCCUAUCGUGUCAGCAUGUUACAAAAGUUGAGGACAGUAACAGAAAUACAGCUGGGAGUUUCUCAUGAGAAAAUAGAAAUUGACCCAGUUGGUCAACCAAAGUCAGCCAAAAAAUUCUGGGGAAAACAAAAAUUUACAUCUGUUGACAUGGAGAAUGUAGUUGGCUGUGAAAUAAUAGAGGAAAAGAGCAAUGGAAAGUGUGUCUUCAGAAUAAUCUACUUCAGUCAAAAUGCUCAUGACUUUAAACACUAUGACUUUGAAACAGAAUCGGACAAAGCAGGAGAGAUAGUAGGGAAGGUGAACCAUAUCUUCAAGUCAAACAUGAGUAGCAGGAGAUCAGAAUAUUUGUCUUUGAAAGAGAAAAAAUCAGAGAAGAGAAGAUCCUUGAGAUCCUAGUAACACCAACUUUGUAAUAUAUCUAGUUCAAAAAUAAGCUUUAUCACAGGAAAGGUCACAAUAAGAUGUAAAAAACAAUGAUUUUGCCAAGUUAUGAGAACAUUCAAACUUCCCAUAUUUGUUAUGCUCACAGGACUAAAAAACUUAAUUCCAGUUUGCCAUUUGGACAGUCAAGUAGCUAUCAGAUUUUGCUUGCCCUGGGCAAGCCUUAGUUUGUUCUUUUUGUGAUUUAGUUGGCAGAUGACUUGCUUGAGCCCUUGCACAUUGGGCAAGUGAGAAUGAAACUUUUAGUUUCUUGCUUGGCCAGAAAAUCUACUUGUCCUGAAUGACUGGGCGACACUUUUUUUAAGCACUGCUCAGUGUGCAAUAGUUAUGCACUGAAUAUAAUUAUUCUGACAUGUGGGUAAUAAUUGUGUUGAAAAGGCCACAACAUAUUUUGAUUUGCCCUCUCAGAAACAGACUCCUUGUGGGCGUCAAGAAGGUGAACUCUCAUCUUUUGUCUAUUGUCUUGUAACUGAUUUAACUUUAUUCUCCCUUCUUUCACACUUAAUUGACUUUUUUGCACUGUUUUGUUUAUUCUCCUGAGUACUGUGGACUCCUUUUUUCCUUGAAUGCUUUAAGACCUUCUAAUCUGUCUUUUGUUGGUAUAACCUGUUGAACAGAAUUUCACAAGCUUCUGUCAGUAACAGUUAACUAAGUAGCCUCAUAGGCAUGCAAUGCAUGCAGAGUGGGAUCAUCAGAGAGUAGAAUAACUGCCAGAACAUUACUGUUGUAAGUGUCUAGUUUUAAAAGAGCUUCAGAUCUGUGGCUAACAAGAGCCAUGGGCUUAUAGAGCAUCCUUUUAUAUGCAAUGAAUUACACGAGUCACUUUCAAAAUACUGAUACUUCACCAAGAGCUUCCUUUUCCACAUACAGUCAUUAAAUGUCAUUUACAGGUUUAA